CAAGCAAGGCAAGCAAGGCUCCGGCCUGCCCGCAGUGCCCGCUCUGCCAGACGACACCGGACCAGCGGCGCGACCGGACCGGGCGAGUCGAGGCCGACGCGGGGCGCAGAGAGGCCCACAAGUGCAGCGAGUACUACACGGCCAUGUGCGCGGUACGCGGCGGCGCGUGGUGACGACGAGGGCCACCAUGAGGCCGACUAGUGCGUCGAGUACUCGGUCGAGUGUGCGAGGCAGGCCGCGCGGCGUCAUGGAUUACGUGGAUUACGUGCACCGCCGAAGACCCUGUCCCUGCCGUCGCCGCUGAAGCAGCCCAAGCACGUCCAGCGCCACCUCGGUCGCGCUAGGCCGCACCACCACCGGGGGCCCCGCAGGGGGUCAGGCGCACUCGUCGCCAAGCGAAUGUGAUGGGGCUGAUGGCUACUGCUGACGGACACACGGACGUCAUGUCGCCGUCGGUUCGGUCCGCGGGGGCGCACCGCGGCCUGGCGGGGGGCCUGGGUGGCCCGCUAGGGGGCCACGACCUCAAGGAUGAGGAGGACGACGAGGGCUCAGCGGGGGAGGAGGACCAGCUCGACGCCGACCUGGACCACCACCACGGCCACCCGGGCCACCAGGGCCACCUCCACCACAAGCAGGAGUGCCUGUCCGUGAUCGUGCCGCCGCCCGACGACAAUGACUCGGACUCGCAGUUCCUGAGCCCGGCCUCCCAGUCGCCGGGCUCGGACAACCUCCUGGACACGGAGCCCACGUACCAGACGCUCACGUCCAUCAACUUGUCGCCGUCGCGGUACAGCCCGACGUCGUCGUCCUACGCGACGCUCACGCCGCUGCAGCCGCUGCCACCCAUCUCCACCAUCUCGGCGGACAAGUUCGCGGCGUACGGGUCCUUCACGGUCCUGGGCUCUCCCUACGGCUACGACAAGAUGUCCUCGCUGAGCAUGUCGCCGCCGCACCACUACGCCUCGUCGCCCGGCCACGACCUCGUCUCCAUCGAGAUCCCCCACGAGGUGGACGACAACGGCCCGCUGACGCCGCAGAGCGGCUACAGCCAGGGCCACAACGGGCUGGCCUCGCCGACGAACUCGCUGUCGCCCUCCAACUACGACACGGUGGACUACGCCGUGGACAACACGACCCUCAGCCAGGACACCAACGUGAUCGUGUACGGCGGGGCGCCCUCGCUGCAGCCCGCCCUGCAGCCCGCGCUGCAGGUGGCCACCAUCAACGGCGUCACGUCGCUGUCGUCGCACGACGGGCUGGUGGUGGUCAGCUCGGCGCCCACGCUGCUGCCCAUGCAGAGCGUGCCGGUGCAGACCGUGCAGACCGUGUCGCAGCCCACGACCGUGGUGGUGCGCCACGUGCCCGCGCUGACCACGCCGGCGCCGGCGCCCGUCACCACCAUCGUGUCGCCGCCGGCCGCCGCGGUCAGCCCGGGCAGCAGCAGCGCGUCGGGCGGGGCGCUGUCGCCGAUGCCGCCCGACAUGGAGGAGAUCAACACCAAGGACCUGGCGCAGCGCAUCUCGGCCGAGCUCAAGCGCUACUCCAUCCCGCAGGCCAUCUUCGCGCAGCGCGUGCUGUGCCGGUCGCAGGGCACGCUCAGCGACCUGCUGCGCAACCCCAAGCCCUGGUCCAAGCUCAAGUCGGGCCGCGAGACGUUCCGCCGCAUGUGGAAGUGGCUGCAGGAGCCCGAGCUGCAGCGCAUGUCGGCGCUGCGCCUCGCCGCCGCCCAGGUGCCGCAGCAGAAGCCGUCGCGGCGCCGGCCCGGCGAGGACGCCGACAGCGACUCCGAGUCGUCCGGCACCGUGCACAAGAAGCCCCGCCUCGUCUUCACCGACCUGCAGAGGCGCACCCUGCAGGCCAUCUUCAAGGAGACCAAGAGGCCGUCCAAGGAGAUGCAGGUGACGAUCGCGCGGCAGCUGGGGCUCGAACCCACGACCGUGGGCAACUUCUUCAUGAACGCGCGGCGCCGCUCCAUGGACAAGUGGCGGGAGGACAUCGACGAGGACCAGCCGCAGUCCAUGCACACGCUGCACCACCACUUGGACCACGACGACGGCUCCAACAUUGACUCGGUGCUCUCGGACGGUGGCUCGCUAAGCGGCCUGCAGUCCGACCUGCACCCGGACCUUCACGACGACCUCCAGCAGGACUUGUGACCAGACGCCGGCUACUCCGAAGAGCAGCACCUGGUGUUCAUGUGAGCGCUUGUGGUUGUUGGUGGAUGGGCAGGGGGCAGGGGACGGGGGUGGGGAUUGUGGGCCCCACCGGUCUCGUCCUCUCUGUGUGUCUGUCGUGUCUUGGAGUAGCAGGGUUGCCCCGUGCCAACCCCCCGUGUGCGAGAGUGAGCGUGUGUGCGUGCAUGUGCGUGUGUGCCUGUAUGUGAAGAGUAUUGGUUAGGACGUCUUCUAACGUAGUCAAGGCGAGGACGCCCUCUGUUUCUCCUCUUUUUUUGCCGCGUUCCUCGUCACUCAACGAGUUUCUAGUCACAAUUAGGACUGAUGUUUCGAACCAAUCUGGUCAAAAAAGCUGUGUUUCCCGACUUACGGGCGCGUCUUAUUAUUAUUUAAGUUUGAAGAAGUAGGGUAUUGAGUUUUCUUUAUUGGAAAGCCUUGUUAGUGUGUUGUGACCUUCUCUGCAAUAUACACUUUGCAAUCACUUUGUGCGCAUUGUCUAGUUUAUUUUGUUGAGUCAUUUCCUGAUUUCUAGGAGAGUGAACUGAUCUAGUCCAGAUAAUUUCUAAUCCAAAUCGCUAAACAGAGUAUAGUAAAGGAAAAUUUUUAUCAAGGAACUUUACAUUCCUAGGUGAAUUAUUUUUAAAAUAGGAAAAUGCAAGUAGACAAUAAAUAUGUGAGACGGUGAGAUUGGAGCAAGUGUAAUUGACUAGCUAUCUUUGCUAGAAGACUAUCCUGCUGGAGAAAUGUGACAGAUAAAAGCUCAGCCUGCACGUUGUCAGUGGGACAAACUUUGUAAGAAUAGAAUUUCUGUACUUGAUAGUUUUGUUAAUGACGACUCGAACGUCUUUGGUUAAGCCAUUUUUAUAGAGGCGGACUUUUCUCUACUUAAAGUAGAAGUACUGAUGCCACUGACUUAGUCUAUCGUGCUGAUAUCUGACACAAUAAGAGAAAGUUUAGAAGAAUAGAUGAAUUGGAGACAUUGUUGAGGCAGAGAGAUAGAGUGGCAGCUUAUGCCCCUGAGUACGCGUGUCCUCCAAGACGCACUUACGCUUCUUAAGUAUAUCUUUUGAUAAAGUCAUUUUCGCUGGAGCGCUUAUAGGGCUGGGAAUGACAAUAGCAACUUAAGUCUUGCUGAAGUUAUACUUUACGUAAUUUUUUGAAUCCUAUCGCAAUCAAGUGCCCUUCCCAAAUGAUACUUAAAUUCAUAUCAACUAAUCAUAAUAGAAAAAUUCCUUGUGUAGACAUGUCACUUCUGAUUUAAUUAAGAGGACCCCAUUAUCGCGAAAAAGAGCUUAGCUUCUCUCUCUCUCCGGUGUGGAGGCCUGUAUCUUUAAUUACUUGCUUUCUAGCCGAAUACUCAUUUGUGUGACUUAGCAUUAUUCUGUUCACGUGUGUAAUAAGAGACACAGGCACACCACAUUCGAUUUGAUAGUCAGCAAUAUAGUCAGAACAGAGUGUUAUGUUGGUUGACUUUUUUAGAGUAACUCAUUUUCGUACCAAUCUUGUAUUGACCUGUUGUGUACAUACUGUUUUAUGUGAUCAAAGUGAGUUCAUUUUCUUAAGAUUCCACUUAGAUCUUUACCAUUCCACAGUGUUUAUGUAUUUGUGUACGUAAUUUAUUAUAUUAUUUAUUUAUUUAUACCAUAGGUGUACUUGUUUUUGUUUGAAGUUGUCUAUCACGCAUUCUGAAAUAGAGUCUGAAAGGUAUUUAUUUGUAUUCGUUUGCCGCAAUGCUUUGGUUGAACAUUGUUGUUAAACGCCCCCCUGGGCGGCAUUUAAAAAGUAUUGUUUUGAGUGUACAUAGACUUUCAAACUCUAGUGUUAAUGCGGGUGUAUGAAUUAUAGCGAGAUGGUACACAGAGGCCAUUCACACGGACUGUUACGCACAUGUGCAAUAUUUAUCUAGUCAAAACGUGUGACAUUGUGUGAAUAUACGCCAGACCAGCGAAGCGUAUGACUUUGUGAUUUUAAGGCUAACCACCGAGAUUGCAUGUAAGAUGCGCCGCUUCAAAAUCCUACAAUCGCAUAUGGAUGCAAAGAGGCAGUUGUUACUUUAAAAAACAAACGCUCGCUAUGAUUCAGCACUACUUGUUAUAAACUGAUGCUGUCUUUAGCAAUAACACAAAUUAAACCUCUGCGAUAUUUAAAAAUGGAAACUUUGAUUUAACCUGAAGAAAUGAGUCCAUAAAUUAAUGGAUGUAUCUUACAGCCCAGUAUUGACCCACGACUGAAAUUAACUUUUCAGCAAAUCGCACAUAUGAUUAAUUUUUAUCAAACAAAGUGCCGUAUCUUUUCUAAUUAGCGAAAUGAUCGCGCUCGCCUUCCCUCGGCGUGUUUCACCGUUUGAAGAGUAUUUCCUGGCAGAAGUCCAGCUUAGACUACUUUGUUGAUUUGACCUCAGGAAAAAAAUAAAAAAAUGUUCACGAAA